AUGUCCAGGGAGCCUCUGGUACGCCCACUGCCGCCACCCACGUUGAACCUACCAGCUCCAACAGAAGCCUUGUACACAGUACUUGAUCCCCUCAACUGGAAACACCUGAUUCGAUCCAAUGUUGGACACCGCUCUGACUGGAGAUCAUGUUUUGUGGUGGCUGCAUACAACCACAACACAAUCUUUACAUUUGCGAAUGAGCGAGGUGAGAUUGAUGGAACCCCUCAGGUGUCAGAUUUCCCACUUGUGGUUUGCAAAGGGGCCUUCCAAACCGAGCCCAUUGCAGUUGCAGCCCCCCACCUUGUCCCAGCAGCAGCAGCGACCACACUGGGGAUGCCAACCCCUGCACCUCUGGCAAUGACCCCACCAGCCAUUGUGGAUGGGGCAGAUCUACCGGCGACAGCAAAAGCAGCAUCAGCAGCAGCAGCACCACCAACUGUUGCCUCUGCAGAAGUUGCAUCAGCUUCACCGAUGCCUCCAUCCCCAGCAGUGGUUGGAACACCUGCAUCCCACCCUGCACCGCCAGUGACACCAGGGUCGGCAUCUGCCACGGCACCACCGCAAGCCCCACCCUUCACACCAGCUGUGGAGCAGCCAACACCACCCCAGCUGCCAGCACCAACACCGCAGCCGUUAGUACCACCCCCACCCCCACACACACCACCUACAUCUCGCCUGGCAGAAAAUUCCGCAGAUGACAGGGCACAGUACAUGAAAUUUCACAGGAGCGUCCGACAUCCCACAGCACCCAAGGAAGUGACCCAGAAGUUCCACGAAGCAUCAAAGGACAAAGCAAAGAUGAGGGCUUUGUUCCAAGAAUUUCAAAGAUGCAACGGGGACUGGCUGUCCAGCACCCUUGUGAUCCGUGAUUCCCAGACUACAACCAACACCCAGGGUGGUAAGGAUGGAUACCUGUCAAAGGCUGACCUUUUGGUCAAGUACCAUGGCAAUACCCUUUUGGUGGACGAGCUGAUCAAGAAGAAGACCGCCGAGAAGAAGUACAUCUCUCAUCCGGAGUUUCCAGACAACGAGGAUAUGCGGCUGUACAAAACGUGGGUGGAAACGUAUGAGAAGAACGAAGAGAUCCAUGCAGAAGGUGUGGAGACCAGACGUGAGGCUGAAGGUGACUAUGAUGGCAUGGGAAGCACCCCGAUCCCUCCUGGAGAUAGCCAAGCAGUCCCAAAAGCCAAGCCAAAACCCAAGCCUAAGUCGAGUGCACCAAAGGUCAAGACUGAUGAGCAGUUGGCACGUGCAGCUGUGGUAAAGGCAAAUGCGAAUCUCCUUGAAAUUUCGCAGUGGGACUACAAGCUGGCGAACGCCAGUGUGCCCAAAGUUGUUCGGGAUGCUUACGUGAGCAGCAUGGAGACUGAGGGCAAGGAGCUCCGUGAUGCAAAGACAGCUGUGGAAUUGGCGCUGAGUUUGGGGCAGUCCUUAAAGGAAUCCACCGAAAAGUUGGAAUCUGCAAAUGAAAACUACCGAAAGUCAAGUGGCCAAGUCAAGAAAGCAUGUGUGGCGCCGAAGGCCACCUCUUGCGCGGAGCUUCAAAAAGCAGCUCAUGCCUCUGUGAAGGAGGCUGAGGCAGGGUAUGGUAAGUAUAUCUUCUGUUGUUGCUAUCUAAGGCACUCACAAGGAUUCAUAUCGUCUGGCAUGCUGCACAUGCAAGAUGGUUAUCCCCACCUCACAGUGAAAGCAUGGAACGGGCAAGUGCUACUGGUCUUUCUGGAUCGCUGUCUUACAGCACUGGUGGCAGCAGGGGCACAGGACCAAGAGAUUCAGCUAGCACACUUGGCGACACGUGCGAUGACAUGCUGGUUUGACCGCUUAGCGCGAUUUCCUCGUCUGUUGAGUCAGGCACAAGGGAACGAGAUCUCAAAUUUUGGAUUUCGAUUUUUGCGCCUCUACAGGCAGUUGGCGAUUCUGUCAGUACUUCGGAGUGUGGCGCGAUGGCGUUUGUUGCCCAAAGUGCACCCCUUUCGGCACAUGAACGAAGAUAUGCGACAUCGGUUGUACAACUAUCGUUACUGUCAUACCUUUAAAGACGAAGAUAAUGUUGGCGUCUGCAAGAAGCUUGCAGAACGAGUAGCCAAAGGUGACUUAAUGGAAUACCGGAUCAUGACCCGGUUUCUUCUUCGAGUGGGUUCUUGGGUGCCAUGA